AUGUGCAUAACGCCGGUGGAGGCGUGCGAUACACUACAGCCCCGACAUGUGGGCACUCAAUCGUUGGGCGCAAAGGAGGCGCCCUAUUAUUUGGUCCAAUCUUCUAAUAGUUAUGGCGAUGGCUAUGACGGACGCGUCAAAGGGAUUAAAGACUACAUUUACACGCAUUCUCUUGCAGCAAGAUUGUAUAAGUUACAUAUUGUGUGUAGAAAGUUUUUCCCAAAAGAGUCAUUAUAUAACCUGUUUGGCUUAAAAAUGGAAUUGGGAGGAGAGCUGUUCAAAGGAUUCAUGAUUGUAGCGAUUGAUCCCUUAACCGGAAAACGAAUCGGAAAUUGGAUUAAAUUUAAAGGAACCGAUAUCCUUCCCUGUUCUGCGAUAACGCACACCAAUUCAAGACCCAAACGCAUGGCAUCGUUGAUAUGGGUGCCCGACCCCGGGGCCAGAGGUUACGUCGCUUUUGAGGCAACUAUUGUCCGUUCAUUUAGUGAAUACUACUCUGGUUUAGGUUCAGUUCUACCCCAUCAACAAAGCAUUAGAGAAAAGAGUGCUCAAAGCUUAUCAAAGAGUUAAUUAUCCCGUUUUCAUAUGUAAUUGCAAUUCAAUUUGC